AUGGAUUCACUCAGAAACUAUAAAUUGGAAGAUAUCUUUGAGGAAAUUGCAAGAAGAUCUACCUGCUCCACCAAGCCCAAGAAAGACAUCAUCUUGGUUGGACCCCCAGGAUCCGGAAAGGGAACCCAGGCUCCAAGAAUUAAGGACGAACUCUGUCUUUGCCACCUCGCCACCGGAGACUUGCUCAGGAACGCUGUAGCCAAAGGAACUGAAAUCGGUAAAGAAGCCAAAGGAAUCAUGGCAAGAGGUGAGUUGGUUCCAGACCAGAUGGUUGUUGAUCUUAUUGAUGACGCUCUCAAGAUGCCAGAGUGCGAGAGAGGAGUUCUCCUUGAUGGAUUCCCAAGAACAAUUCCUCAGGCUGAAGCAUUAGACGAAAUGUUCGAAAGAAAGGGCAAGAAAGUUGAUCAUGUCGUUGAGUUCAAGACUGACGACGAUAUUCUCGUCGAGAGAAUCAGUGGAAGGAGAGUUCACAAGGCUUCAGGAAGAUCCUAUCAUGUCAAGUUCAACCCUCCAAAGACUGAAGGAGUCGAUGAUGCCACUGGUGAGCCCCUGAUUCAAAGGCCAGACGAUAAUGAAGAUGUCUUGAGAAACAGACUUGACAGCUACCACUCUCAGACAACUCCAAUCUUGGACUACUACAAGAAGCACAACGUCUUGACCACAAUCAACGCCAUGCAGGGAAUCGACGAAGUGUAUGCUGAUAUUGGUAAAGACAUUUUCUAA